UAUGGUACCUCAAACUACAAACAUCAAGUUGCGAAGAUUAUUAACAUAUUGGUACAGUUCAUUGCGUGAAACUCAAAGCUGAACAUAUAAUCGUUCAGACAUAUACUCGGAUUAAAACUAAGUAUUAUUUAGCUUGUUUUGGCGGCGUAGUUUAGCAUUACCAGAGUGUCUUAAAACGAAGUUAGCUGGACAGCUAACGUUAGCUCGUAUUGUGUUGAGUAGGAAUGUUCAAAGCAAAAAUACUCUUUGUUGGUCCCAAUGAGAGUGGGAAAACGGUUCUUGCAAAUUUUCUCUCAGACACAACAGAAAAUGUGGGAGGUGAAUACAGACCUACUCAAGGAGUAAGGAUAAUGGAAUUUGAAACACAGCCUGAAGGGAGUGGCGACAACACAACAUGUGAGGUGGAACUUUGGGACUGUUCAGGUGAUUUUAAAUUUGAAUCAUGCUGGCCUGCACUAAUGAAGGACUCCAGUGGUGUGGUGAUCAUUUUUAAUCCUGAUAUUCCAAGUCACCUCAAAGAAAUAGAGACAUGGCAUUCGAUGUUUAUCUCAUCUCAAGGCUUGCAGGACAACCAGUGUCUACUCAUAGCUCACCACAAGCCUGGCAGUGGAGUAGAAGACGGACGGCUGCCAUUAGCCUCACAUUUGGGCAAACUACCGCUCAUUCACUCCAACCUGGAGGACGAACCAGAGGAUGUCAGGCAAGCUUUCUGCAGAUACUUGGGAAAUGUUGUAAAUACAAUGUCGGAAAGUCGAGAGCGAGAGGAGAUGUCCAUCAUUACAUAGCUGCAAAAUCUAUUAAAUAUGCAGCUUAAUGUCUAAAAGUUGUGCCGGCUUUGGCAACCUCUUAUUAAGGGACAUUCAUGGACACUUCCCAUUUUGAAGUUAUUAAUUAUACAUCUACACUGUCAUUCAGCUGUGCAUGAAAUCAUCCAAAACCUCUUGCAAACUUUAAUAUUUUGUCCAUUUUUGGUUUUGGUUGCCUACAUCUUUUGUAAGUCUUUCCUGAAUAAAAUAUGACCAGACUCACUCUGAAAAUGAAUGCUCAAGAGACAGUGAAUUUAUUUCUCUGACUAUAGACAUCUGUUUAUUUGAAAAUUUGGUGCAGGUUGUUGAGAAUGUGACAAUUAGAAGUGCAAAUUGACAGAAAAGUACAACAUUUAGACAUCAUAUCCAAUAAUGCCUCCUUUGCCAAUGCACUCUCCAAUGUAGAACCACAUCAGCACCUCAGUGGCCACAAGUCCAUUCCUUAAGGCAUCCUAUAAAACAAAGACAAAGAAUUUAAAGAAUGUAAAGUGUGUGUGUGUCUUAUCUUGCCAUGCAUCCAGGUCAGUUUCAUGCAUUUCAUUGCACUUGUGUUUGAGUUUCUGUAAUGGUUAACUUUUGACAUCGCCUGAUGUUUUUGGACAACUGACCUGUUUCUGUAAGCUUGGAAUGUUUUUUCCCCUCAUUUUUCCUUUUAACUGAGAUGGCAUUUGAUCUCCAUACACCAGUUGUUUAUUCGUGUGGCCCACACAGUUUACUUCUAUUGUCGUACACAAUUAUUCAGUCAUUUCUAUUGUAUAUGCAGAUAAACUCAGCCAUACAACCGGUGUAUACAACAAACUGAGGACUAGACAUCUGAGCCAAGGGGCUAACCAUGUACUGCAUCUGGCAACAUCAGUCACAUCCAGAUACAAUAACUACCAACUGUAAAAUAACAUUCUUCGUGUAUAUACAGUGCACAGCACAA